GAGGUGGAGAUGAAGGAGAGGGAGGCUCCCGAAGCGCACUUCACAGUGGACAAACAGAACAUCUCUCUCUGGCCUCAAGAGCCUCCUCCCAAGCAAGGUCUGUCUCCAAUUUUGAGGAAACCUCUGUGUAUCUGCGUGGCCUUCACCUGUCUGGCGUUGGUGCUGGUUGCCUCGAUUGUGCUUCAGGCUGUUUUCUAUCCCAGGUUGAUGGGCAAAAUAUUGGAUGUGAAGAGUGAUGCCCAGAUGUUGAAAGGUCGUGUGGACAACAUCAGCACCCUGGGUUCUGAUCUUAAGAAUGAAAGAGGCCGUGUGGAUGAUGCUGAGGUUCAGAUGCAGAUAGUGAACGCCAGCCUCAACAGAGUGCAUUCUCGGAUCCUGUCUUUGGAAACCAGCAUGCGGCUAGCCCAUAAUCAGCUCCAAAUGUUAACAAUGAACUGGGAGGAGGUUGGAAACCUCAAUGCCAAAAUCCCAGAGCUACAAAGAGAUCUGGAUAAAGCCAGUGCCUUGAACAUAAAGGUCCGAGGACUACAGAACAGCUUGGAAAAUGUCAACAAGCUGCUCAAAGAACAGAGUGACAUUCUGGAGAUGAUGGCUCGAGGCUGGAAGUACUUCAGGGGAAACUUCUAUUACUUUUCACACACCCCCAAGACCUGGUACAGCGCGGAGCAGCUCUGUAUUUCUAGGGAAGCUCACCUGACCUCAGUGACCUCAGAAUCAGAACACGAGUUUCUCUACAAGGCAGUAGAUGGAAUUCCACACUGGAUUGGACUUACCAAGGCAGGGAGUGAAGGGGACUGGUAUUGGGUGGACCAGAUGUCAUUCAACAAGGAGCAAAGUAAGAGAUGCUGGGGGUCAGUCUGCCACGGAUCACCACUGUCAUCCACGGUCUUAUGCCAUGGUGAAAUGGAGCCACCGCCUGCUGAGUUCCUGAGUACCUUUGCCUGGCCCCUUUCCUCUCUUCCAGAGACCCAGUUUGUGUGUAGCUGCUGGCGGCUACAACCUUUGAUUGAGACAAGUCCCAAUGUGUGGAUUUGGUAUGGAUCUGCUGCCUACCCAACAGAACCUUGGAACCUAACAACCCAAUGUCAAGCUGAUGGGCCAGCUCAUUGUGAUCAGCAGAAAGGAGAUCUCCCUUGGUCUGCCCAGACUGUAAGACUGAGUAUCUGAGAAGGACUUCUGGACUCACACAUAUUUCUUGAGUGGGAACACCGUCUUGGGGUGUGCCUAUGGGAACUGUAACCCCUUUAUUCUAAGAGUUAUAGCCUGGAAUGAGUUGAGCACACAGCCCUUGCUUAAAGGCAGGACCUGCGGUUUCUGGCUUGCUGAAAAGAGAGAGAGAUUUGAGUAUGCUGUGGAGUCUGUUAUAUGAAAGAUGUCACCUGACAAAGCUCACCCUAUGGGCCCAGAUAAAAGAUGGCUGCCUUAACUAUGUCUCCCUCCCUGUCUUCCACUCUCAGAACACUCCACUUAUGGUAAUAAAUCAAUCCAUAGUCUCAAUCAAGGGGGCUAUUGUAACAAACUCAACAUAAGCUCUAAUCCGUAAAGGACAUAGAUAAUAAUCAUGAGAUAUUCAUGCCAUUUCACCAUGGCAUAAGAACUGGAAAUGUGUAGAUGCCAGUGGUGAUCUGCGGCAGACUGACCCCUCUGCAAAAAUUUAAGACAAACAAGACAAAUUUGAAAGUGCAAAGUGCACAUUGAGUAAUUCAUUGCCUCUGAGAAUUAUAAAUUAUCUCCUGAUGAUGUUUUUGAGCUUUAGACCUUAAAGUUACUAAAUAAUGGGAUAAACUAUACUUUCCCCAGCCCUGGAAAUGAUUGCUUAUAACUUUAACUUUUUCAAAUUCUAUUUUUAAUGAUGAUUCUUAAAUGUUUUAACCUCUUGGUUAGCCCACUACCCACUAGAGGUAGUGGAAGAGAAAAGAUACGGGGAGGUGGACC